GAGACAGUGAGUCAUUGACUAGAUGCAUUUAAGAGGUAAUCCCAUCCUGAGACACUCAGCUGGAACCACGCAACUUCAAUUUUGAGCUCCAUAGCAUCUAACUAAGGAAUAUGGCUUUAGUGUCUGAGUUUUUGAGUCAACUCACAUUGAGCUAUGGAGGGGAGAGAGAACCUAAAUGUCCUACGGUGGUGGCAGUUUAUGAUUUUGACCCAGAGAUGGAUGCAGCCAGAUUAGAAACAGCCAUCAAAACCAAAGGUGUUGAUGAGCAGACAAUCAUUGACAUUCUGACAAAACGCAGUUGCUCACAAAGAAGUGAAAUCGCUUUUGAAUAUGAGAAGAAGGCAAAGAAGGAUUUAGUAAGUGCCCUGAAGGGUGCACUUUCUGGCUCUUUGGAGAGUUUGAUUCUUGGGUUGAUGAAGAGCACAGCACAGUAUGAUGCCUCUGAAAUAAAAUCUUCAAUCAAGGGUCUGGGCACUGAUGAGGAGAGUCUUAUUGAGAUUGUGUGCUCUCGCAACAAUGAGGAGCUAGUGGAGAUCAAGAAAGUUUAUAGAGAAAUGUUUAAGAAGGAGUUAGAAAAAGAUGUGUCUGGAGACACAUCUGGAGAUUUCGCUAAGCUGUUGUUGGCUCUUGUACAGGCCAAGAGGAAUGAGCCAAGUAAUGUGGUGGACUAUGAAAAGAUUGACAAUGAUGCAAGAGCUCUUUAUGACGCUGGAGUGAAGAGAAAAGGAACUGAUGUGAUUACCUGGAUAUCAGUAUUCUCUGAGAGGAGUGUCCCACACAUGCAGAAAGUGUUCGAAAGGUAUAAGAGAUACAGCCCAUAUGACAUAAAGGAGAGCAUUCGGAAGGAGGUGAAGGGAGAUCUGGAAAAAUCCUUCCUCACAUUGGUUGAGUGCUUGGAGAACAAACAUCUAUACUUUGCCAGUAGACUCAGUGAUGCCAUGAAGAGUAAAAGCGUGAAAGAGAAGGUCGUAACCCGCAUCAUCGUCGCCCGUUGUGAAGUUGAUCUCAUGAAGAUUCGUGCAGAGUUUAAGAGGAAUUUUGGAAAAUCUCUGUACCAAGCAAUUUCAGAGCACACUAAGGGUGACUACCAGAGAGCUCUACUGAAUCUAUGUGGUGGAGAUGAUUAAACAUCAUCUUUUAUCUUCUGCUGCAGAUGACCAGAGCUUUCAGCACCGAAGACAUUCCUAAACAUGCAGUAUUACUGGCAUACUUUAUGUUUUCUUGUUCCAUUAUGAUUGAUAUUAUUGCUAUUUGUAUUUAAACUGAUCAUAUAAUACUCAACACUGGAAAACAGAAUGGAUAAUUUUAAAUAAAAUGUAAAUUUGAGAAAAAAUACUUGUGAAGGUGAAUAUACUACAGUAUU